ACAUUUUGCUUAGCUGAAUUUUCUAAUUUUUGUUUCUUAUUUUGGUUUCUUAAAAUUUUUUCCUUUGAUUUUGUAAUUCUUAUAAGAAAUCUCGACUUUCCAUUUUUUGGAAUCUCAUUUUGUUAAGCAACGAAUGCCUUGGAAUUUGUAGUGCAAAUUUUUAUAUAUACUUAUAAACUGUAAUCUAUAAACUCCGUCCAAAAAAACAAGACACAAACUAAAGCAUUUUGCAUAUCGCUGAUAUACAUAUUUAUAUAAAUCAUUUACAAUCGAAUAAUUCGAACAAUAUUCACAAAAAAAAAAAAAAAAAAACAAAAACAUGAUUUCUUUUCUUACCAAUAAGUGCAUUAUAUACAACAAAAUAUGUAUUGUAUUUUAUAUUAAAACGAAUUGUACAAAAACUAAGCAAAUUGUUGGUAAAAUGUCUCUGUUGUCUCUUGUAUCUGCUCUUAUCUAACUGCUCUUAUCUAUUACCAACUGAUUUCCAAUUGCAGCAACUUCGAUGUCUUGUCGAUUUUUUUGUUUGCUAUUUUCAGUUGGUAAAAAACGCUGUCUGAAUUCGGUUGUGACAAGCAAUUCAGUCAAAUAAUUCUUGAAACUAGUUUUUUUUUUUUUAAGUUUAUAAACAUUAUAAUGCAGAGUGUGUUUUAUUUGUGCAUAUGGCUUUUUAUUUGGGCCAAAACGUUCGCAUUGGAAUCGAACGACGCCGACAGACAGAAGAAACAAACGCUGGAAUCACGUAUCAUCAAUGGAACUCUGGCGCGGAUGAAUGAGACAAAGCAUCUCGUCUCGAUUCGAUUGAGAAAGCACGACAGAAACUUCGGCAGUGGACACAUCUGUGGAGGAUCUCUGAUUGCACCCAACAAGGUCUUGACUGCCGCCCACUGUCUGUACAACUCGGGAAAAAAGCGCUAUCGCAAGCCGAGUGAGUUUGUGGUGGUGAUGGGAACCCUAAACCGCUACGAGCGCCACAAUGGCACCAUCGUCUCCGAGGUGAGCUCAAUAGCGUAUAUGAACAGCUUCAGUCCGGACAGCAUGCGUGACGACAUCGGCGUCAUGUUCCUAAGCCAGGGCCUGUCUAAAAAUCAAAGUCAUCCCACCGUCUCGCCCAUUGAACUUGCCACACAGCCAACGGACGUGGGUGCCACGUGCCUCGUCGCCGGCUGGGGACGCACCGAACAGGACUCGCUCUCGAAUGUAUUGCUGAUGGCAAAUGUGAGCACAAUCCGGAGACAGACCUGUGGCAGCAUCUACGGCAAUGGCAUGCUACCAGGGAUGCUGUGCGCCGGACGCCUUCAGGGCGGCACCGACUCCUGCCAGGGCGACUCGGGCGGACCUUUGGUGCACGAGGGCCGUGUCAUUGGUGUCGUCUCCUGGGGAUACGGCUGUGCGGAGCCGGGAUUGCCCGGCGUCUAUGCGGAUGUUCAGUACUACCGCCAAUGGAUUCUGGAGCGGAAUGCCAGCUCCAGAUUGUGGACGUGGCUCUGGCUCUGGCUCUGGCUAGGAUUAUGCUGCUGUUGUCGGAUAUAUUAAGUGAAGGCUAAAACUCAAUAAAUUAUUCUAUAGGAUAAACGUUGCUUUUUA